GUCUUGCACAGUCGUUGUUUUUUGGAGAUCUCGUCAAGUGUUUUGUUAAACGCUCAGUCCAGUUUAUAUUCUCGUAAUAUAGAAACAUAAUAAUGGCUAGUAAAUUAGAGAAGAGAAAAGUUUCCAAGUCAAAGAAAAAAGAUGAUGCUGAAGUAAUGCACCCAGCCAGCAAGCCCACAAGUGAAGAAAUUGCGAUUGCCAAAUGGAUUAAAGCAAAUGUUCUUUGCAAGAAAACCAAAUUCCUCAGUCAUAGUGUGGAAUAUUUUACAGCCUCCAAAGCAGUUGACAAACUUCUGACAUCCCCAUGGAGCACAGCAGGAAAAAAUAAAGAAGAUCCUCUAUUUACUUCACGAGAAUCUAUUGUCAAGUAUCUUGAUCUGCUGCUACGAAAAAAAUUCUUUCACAGAGCUAGAAAAAUUCCUGUGUCAGAACAAGAACUAAAAGCUCGAGCAAAAAAGAAAGAAAAAAAGAAGGAAAUUGAAAGUGGAAAGAAAGACAAAUCUGAAGCUGAAGAUGAAAAGAAAGGGGAUGAUGGUGAGAGUAGCCAUGCUGAAGAAAAAAAGGAAAAGGUGAAAAAAGAGAAGCGUAAAAUUCGCCUCGAUAUGCAUUUAGAACAGAUUUUUGUCGAUGGAAAUGAUGCAUACGUAUGGAUAUAUGAUCCCAUACCAUAUUACUACUGGCUUGCGGGUGGAGGUGUAGUUUUAGCCGCUGUGGCUCUUUGUCUUUUCCCACUGUGGCCGCCUGUUGUAAGGAAAGGUGUCUAUUACUUGAGUAUCGGAGCUGCAGGAUUUUUGAUGUUCAUUUUUGGGCUUGCUGUUCUACGAGUGCUCGUUUUUUGUCUUUUGUGGUUGAUAUCGAUGGGUCGUCACCACCUUUGGAUUUUCCCAAAUCUCACAGAGGACGUUGGAUUUUUCGCCUCGUUUUGGCCGCUGUGGAAAUACGAAUGCCGAGACAAGGAAUCCUCAAAUAAGAAGAGUAAAAAAAAUAAUGGCAAGAAAAAGUCGUCUGAUGAUGAAAAUGAGGACAAAGAAGAAGAAAGUGGUAAAGAAGAAGAAAGUAGCAAAGAAGAUGCACAACUUGAAAAUAAUGAGGAAGCUGACGACAAAUCCGAAACAGAAUCGGAACAAACUGGCAAGGAUUUCGAAAUGAUUGAAAAAGAUGAUGAGCAGUAGGCUAUUUGUUUUAGUGUAGCUUGAAAUUUAAAUGGUGGCGCAGAAUCAUCUGUCAGCCCGCACUGAUGAUCUUGUGGAGAGAGAACGUGGGACCAACAUUAAUUAAUAAUUAAUUUCUUUUUAUUGUACAGCAUUUUCAAGGUUUACUUCUGUAUGUUUGUCAUAAAUGCAUUCAAGUGGGUUUGAAAUUGA